GUCUCUCUCUAAUCCCUCUCUCUCUCUCUCUCUCUCACACACACACAGACAACGCGCUAUUCGCCUCCAUUUUCAGCUCUAUUCACAGUGUAGCAUUGCCAAUUUCAGCAAUUCAACAUUCGUUUAAGGUAUAAGCUUGAAGAGUUUCCGAGAUUUUGAUUAUUUUUUUUGCGUGUUGACGAUUUGGCGCUGAAUCUGAGCCGUUGAAUUUGACGAUUCCACCACCAAUGCAACUCAGAUCCCUCCGAUUAAGUCCCUCGGUUUUCCCCCUAUUGAUCCCUAUUAGAUCCGCGCUGGAUUUUCAGUAAACCGCGCCGUAGAAAUCCGUCGAUACUCGGUAGGAUUUGGGGAUUUUGUAAUUUCUGGUUGUUUGAUUGAUAAAUUGGGGUAUUUGUGAAUUGAAUUGGCCGAGGAUGGCGGCGGCGAAGUCUCAGGGGCGGCUGUUCACGAUCGGGCUGGUGGCGUCGUGGUACUCGUCGAACAUUGGGGUUUUGCUGCUGAACAAGUACUUGCUGAGCAAUUACGGCUUCAAGUACCCGAUUUUCCUGACGAUGUGCCACAUGACGGCGUGCUCGCUGCUCAGCUACAUCGCGAUCGCGUGGAUGAAGAUGGUGCCGAUGCAGACGAUAAGAUCUAGGGUUCAGUUCAUGAAGAUCUCGGCGCUCAGCUUGAUUUUCUGCGCUUCCGUUGUCAGCGGCAACAUCUCGCUCAAGUACUUGCCGGUCAGCUUCAAUCAGGCGAUCGGCGCCACGACGCCGUUUUUCACUGCGGUGUUUGCCUACUUGAUGACGCUCAAGAGGGAGGCGUGGUUGACUUAUUUCACAUUGGUUCCUGUUGUUACUGGAGUUGUCAUCGCGAGUGGGGGUGAACCUAGUUUCCAUUUGUUUGGGUUUAUCAUGUGUGUUGGUGCUACAGCUGCAAGGGCACUCAAAUCAGUGGUUCAGGGUAUUUUGCUUUCUUCUGAAGGGGAAAAACUGAAUUCUAUGAAUUUGCUCCUCUACAUGGCUCCUAUAGCUGUAGUAUUUCUUCUUCCCGUAACACUCCUCAUGGAAGAAAAUGUCGUUGGUAUCACAUUGGCCCUAGCAAGAGAGGAUAUCAAAAUCAUAUGGUUAUUGCUGUUCAAUUCUGCACUCGCAUAUUUUGUAAAUUUGACCAAUUUCCUGGUCACGAAGCACACCAGUGCCCUCACUCUUCAGGUCCUUGGAAACGCAAAAGGCGCAGUGGCGGUUGUAGUCUCCAUAUUAAUUUUCAAGAACCCCGUCUCUGUCACUGGAAUGCUUGGAUACUCACUAACAGUCUUGGGCGUCAUCCUGUACAGUGAAGCCAAGAAGCGUACUAAAUGAAGGAACACGUAAAGCCUUCGAACUAUAACUGUCUGUGUUGUGAUGUGAAAAGGUGAUACCAUUUGAUAGAAGCAAAUUCAGUGCGUAUCGGUGCUGUGCUGGGAGCGUAUGAAAUUUUGUCCCGGAAGGCAUGGGUGAGGGCGCGAAACUGUACCAACGAACCAUCACCUAAUUAGCUGUGUAGGAGUUUUUAUUGCAUUCAAUCUCGGUUACUAAAUCAGAUCUCUUUUUUUUUGUGUCUUUCACUGUAUUCUUUCCUCAAACUCUCUGACACUUCAUGUUAUUAUACUUAAUUCUUUUGACAUCAGUCAAUUAGUGAAAUGAAAUCAAAGUUCUAUAUA